AUGAUCCGAUACAAGGCCGACGUGUACAAGCGAUUGAGAGACAAGUAUGGCCUUCCCAUCUACACCCUACGCAUGCCGGGCGCCCGCAUCUACGUCGUCAACUCCACAGCCCUCAUCCCCGUUGUCCAGCGGCAAUUCCGGACCGUGGCCUUCACGCCCUUUGCGGCCCGUGCUUUCAAGUUUGCCAUGGGAGGAAGCAAGACGGCAAAUGACAUAAUAGCAGUGGAUAUGACGGAGGACCAUGGCUAUUUGAUGAGUUUUGACAAGGCGAUUCAUCCUGCCGUGACCCCUGGGCCCGCUCUCGAUGCCAUGAACCUGGCGUCAAUCCAAAACGUCGCUGCGUCUCUCGACGAGUUGAGGCGACAGGGCCCAAGCACUAUUAGCAUGUUCAAGUGGAUUCAACAUGCAGUUUUGCUGUCCACUACGGACGCAGUGUACGGGCCUCAGAAUCCAUACAAAGACCCAGCCAUGGAGGCGGCGUGGCAUGUAUACGAACCGAGAAUCACCACGUUCAUGCUUAAUCUGCUCCCAGCAAUCUCGGCGAAAAAGAGCUUGAAGGCUCGCGAAUUCAUGGUCCAAAAGUUCGAGGCCUACUUCCGAGACGGCGGACAAACCCAAGCAUCCGCUCUUGUCCAGCGUCGAUACGAGCACAAUGCCCAGCACCACAUUCCUCUCAACGACAUCGCGAGAACUGAGAUCGGUGGCUCUUUUGCGCUGCUUAGCAACACCAUCCCCGCUACGUUUUGGCUGCUCUGGCAAAUUCUUUCCGAUCCAGUCGUCUUCAGAGACUGCCAGCAGGAGUUGGCCAAGGGCGUUCAGGAGAGCGAUGACGUCUGCACAAUCGAUGUGGACUAUAUCAAAACCGAUUGCCCCAUCUUCCUCUCGACUUUCCAAGAGGUUUUUCGUUUCCAUGGCAUCAAUAACUCGGUUCGCAUGGUGCUGGAAGAUUGUAUGCUCGAUGGCCAGUACCUCCUCAAGAAGGGAAGCACCGUUAUGAUGCCGGGUCCCGUUCAGCAUAGCAUCCCGUCCAUCUGGGGUCCUGAUGUUGCCGAGUUCAACCACAAACGAUUUGUCCGGUCACCGAACUCCAAACGGCCCAACCCCAUUGCCUUCCGCGGCUUCGGCGGCGUUUGA